UUGUGUGAUGAGUUUGAUGUUAUUUUCAGAAAUCCAUGGUUAUUUCAGAUAGAUCCAACGGCAAAAAUUGGGCCCAAUGUAAGUGUUGGCGCGAAAGCGCGAAUUGCAGCCGGUGUGCGAGUGCGGGAAAGUAUUGUGUUAGCUGAAGCGAUAAUCAACGAACAUGCGUGCGUGUUGCAUUCAGUAAUUGGAUGGCGCAGUGUUGUUGGUGCAUGGGCACGCGUGGAAGGAACACCUGUUUCACCCAAUCCGAACAUUCCUUUUGCUAAACUCGAUAAUAAACCAUUGUUCAAUAUUGAUGGCCGACUAAAUCCAUCACUGACAAUUCUUGGAUCAGAUGUCCACGUUCCGGCGGAAACAGUCAUUUUGAACUCCAUCGUUCUUCCGUACAAAGAGCUGACAGCCAGUUACAAGAAUCAAAUUAUAUUGUAG